CCUCCCCCCACACUCAUCACACCACUCGCUCUCGCCUGAUUGACUGUGUGAGACAAAUUAGGCUUCUGAAAUGAUCAACAAAUUUGACAGUGUUCUGUUGGCCCAGAAAAAGUUUAUCUACCACUAUAAGAACAUGCGCUGGGCCAAGGGCCGACACGAAACCUACCUGUGCUUCGUGGUCAAGAGGCGGGUGGGACCAAACUCACUCUCCUUCGACUUUGGACACCUGCGCAACCGGUCCGGCUGUCAUGUUGAGCUGCUAUUCCUGCGCCUCCUGGAAGCAGGCGCCCUGUGUCCAGGCCUGUGGGGUUAUGGAGCUCCAGACAGUGUGGGACUGUGUUACUCAGUCACCUGGUUCUGUUCCUGGUCCCCAUGCUCAGACUGCUCCUACAGGCUGGCCCAGUUCCUCAGCCAGACCCCCAACCUCCGCCUCAGAAUCUACGUCUCCAGGCUCUACUUCUGUGACCCGGAGGACAGCAGUGCGAGAGAGGGUCUCCGCAUGCUGCAGAGAGCCGGGGUGCAGAUCACUGUCAUGAACUAUGAAGGUAGAGAGGGUGUGUGUGAGUGUGUGGGUGUGUGAGUACGUCUCUCAUUAUAAUUCUGUCUCUUCCCUGUAGACUAUUUCUACUGUUGGCAGACCUUUGUGGCUUGCAGACAGCGUGUGUUUAAGGCCUGGGACGGACUGCAUCAGAACUCUGUUCAACUGGCCAGGAAACUUAACGACAUCCUCCAGCCUGGUGAGGCAGAAGAUUGGGGAGAUGCUUUCGAGCUACUUGGACUGUGAUUCACCUCUAUCCCUGUCAUAUAUGCUGAUAUGGAGCUAUUUAUUUCUGCUCCUCCCACUGGUGCUAUCUGUCAUUGUUAUACUGUAAAGAUCACUUUAAUCUAUCAUUGUAAAGUAAAUAAUAAUAACUGAAAUAGGUCAACUGUACAACUCAUUAAUGUGUUUAUAUACUGUUAUUAAAUCCAUGGGAUUUACAUUCUUACCCUUUGUAG